AUCAUUUUUUUCAAAAAAUCUUAAGGGUAAAAUUAAAAAGUCAAACACAAAGAAUACUUUCAUUAAAACACCAAAAAGUCAAAUCCAAAUAUAUUUUCUGGGAAUACAAAUAAAUAGUGUUUUCUUUUCCCCAAAUUCCAUUUCUCUUGCUUCUCGUUUCUUCUUCAUGUUAGGCUACCAGCUCUUUUUUCUCUUCUCCUCCUCCGCCGUCUUCCUCCUCGCCGCCGCCGGAACUUCCGAUCAACAGCCCGUCGCGUUCUGGUGCAACAACACCGAGUUUUACGCCUCCAACAGUACUUUCAGAUCCAACCUCGACUCCCUCCUCUCCGACCUCACUUCCAACGCCACCCGCCCCGACGGUUUCCACAACUCCACCUCCGGUGUCGUUUCCGACACCGCCUACGGCCUUUUCAUGUGCCGCGGCGACAUUUCGCCGGAAGCCUGCGCCGCCUGCGUCAGGAAGGCUGGGGCAUAUAUACUGCUGCCGUGCCCCAACUACAAAACGGCCUUCACAUGGUACGACGAGUGCAUGUUGCGUUACUCGUGGCGGCCAAUGUUCGGAGAACUCAACGACAAUUUUCCGAGCACAGUUUUAUAUUCGCAGUACGAGCCUACGACCGAGCACCUCAUGGACCAGGUCGGAACGACACUGGGGAAGGUGGCUAACCGGACGACGGGAGACGACGGUUCCGGGAAAAGAUACGCGACGGAGGAAGCAAGGGUCGGAGACGGCGUAAACGGGACAAUCUACUGUGCCGGGCAGUGCACGCCGGAUAUCCCGGACACGGAUUGCGAAGAGUGCAUGACCAAUGCUAUCCAACUGCUGGUGUCGGAGAAGGGGAAUAGAGUUCUCUUCCCCAGCUGUAAUGUAAGGUAUGAAGUUUACUCUUUCUACAAUAGGGCCGCCACUUCUCCGCCGCCGCCGCCACCAUUAGUCCUUCCUCCGUCGCCGGCCAGCACGCUUCCUCCUACUCCUACUCCUGGUAACAAGGAACAUUCCUCUUCUUCAAAAGACAUUAUUGUCAUUGUACUUCCAAUAUGUGGAUUUGUAAUCAUCAUUGCAAUCCUUUGUCUUGUGAGGAUCAAACAUGGAAAAGGGAGAAAUGCUAAUCACCAGAAAACAGAUGUGACAGGACUUUUAAAUGAGGAAUUCUACCAUUAUGAUCUUGCUACGAUUCAAGAUAUUACAAAAGGCUUUUCAUCUGAAAGUAAAAUUGGCGAAGGCGGAUAUGGUUUUGUAUACAAGGGAAAGCUUCCUGAUGGGCAAGAAGUAGCUAUAAAAAGGCUUUCAAAAAGCUCAGACCAAGGUGUCCAAGAGUUCAAGAAUGAGGUUGAAGUAGUUGCUAAGCUUCAACAUAGAAAUCUAGUUAGACUCUUGGGAUAUUGCUCCGAAGGUGAAGAAAGGAUACUUGUCUAUGAAUUUGUGCCCAACAAAAGUCUCGACUACUUUUUAUUCGAUCCUGAGAAUCAGUAUCUUUUGGAUUGGUCGAGGCGUUACAAAAUUAUAGGAGGAAUAGUACGUGGAAUGCUCUACCUUCAUCAAGACUCUCGUCUAAGAAUCAUACACCGUGAUCUAAAAGCUAGCAAUAUAUUGUUGGAUGCAAACAUGAAUGCAAAAAUAGCCGAUUUUGGUACGGCGAAAAUUUCUUCACUAGAUCAAACUCAACAAAAUACUAGCAGAAUCGUUGGGACAUAUGGCUACAUGUCUCCCGAGUAUGCACUAUAUGGUGAGUACUCCGUAAAGUCUGACAUUUUCAGCUUCGGAGUUUUACUACUAGAGAUUGUCAGCGGAAGGAAGAACCGCAGAUUCCUCCUAACGAGAGAAGCGCAACACCUUCUUAGCUACGCAUGGGACCAAUGGAAGGAUGGGACACCAUUGGAGAUACUUGACCCAGUUCUUGAAGAAUCCCACAACAUAGAGGAAGUCAUCCAAUGCAUUCACAUUGGUUUGUUAUGUGUUCAAGACAUUGCAGAGAACAGGCCAACCAUGGGAGAAGUCAUGUUAAUGCUCACCAGCUACUCCAUUAGAAGCUGGCCUUCUCCUUCAAAGCCUGCUUUUUACCGUUGUGGUGGUAGUGGUGGGGUGUCUAGGGAUUACUUAGAUCUUGAGAAACGACACCUAUUGGAUUGGCCAAUGCGUUACAAGAUUAUUGAAGGGAUAGCACGGGGAUUGCAAUACCUUUACGAAGAUUCUCGACUAAGAAUCAUACACUGUGAUCUCAAAGCAGACAAUGUAUUACUUGAUGAAAACAUGAACCCAAAAAUAGCAGAUUUUGGCAUGGCCAAAAUCUUUGGAGUUGAUCAAACUCAAGGAAACACCAGCCGAGUUCUCGGGACAUAGUAAGCACAAAAUUAUACUCCCUCCCUUCGGAAAAACAUUUUCAAUUUCGUUUUUUUUGCUUUCAUUAAAACACUUCCUUUUUUAUUAAAAUAGUUAAGAUAUC